AUGUUCCGGUUUAAAUGUCAAAUCCCGGGCUGUACCUCGACCUACCGUCGUAAAGAACAUCUCCGACGUCACGAAGCGCAACACCGUGGAAGUCAUCUUCGCACCUGUUCAACCUGUGGCCGUGUCUUUUCCCGCAGUCUUCGACGUCAUUUUCGCCGCGAUCAUGAAGACCCCGGGAGGUCUCUCGCUCGUGCCACACAGGCCUGCACAAGAUGUCGCACGGCCAAAGCACGGUGCCAGGGAGGCUCGCCAUGUACAAAGUGUUCCUCAAAGGGACACUUGUGUAUCUUUCAUGAACCGGUCCAUCUCGAGCCUGCUCAAGAGGAUCUAGAAGAAGAACGUUGGGAGCAUGGUAGUGGAGAUAAUGGCAUGAAUGCUUCAGAUCAGAUCAAACCCUCAAUCGGCAAUGUCGCCCAGGUGAACCAUUACGUACAUCUUUACUUCACACAUUUCCAUCAACACUGGCCAAUUCUGCAUCGACAUACCUUCAGCAUUGCUGACGAGCCUCAACUGCUGCUUCACGCAGUGAUAAUGAUCGGUCUCUGGGUCAGUGGGAGCCCGGCGGCGCAAGAAGGUGCUCGGAGUUUACAUUCCAAACUAAAAAUGGCGAUUUCCGCACAGCAGGACAAUUGGGCACGACCGCCAGUGGAAGGAGAACACGAUGAUGAAGGAUUAGACAGCCCGAUCUCACGAUGGCCGAUUGCAACCUACCAGGGUAUCCUUCUCUGUAUUAUCUUUUCACUACUAUCGACCCCGGUUAGUCUCGAACUUAACCUCGGCCUAGGUUUGAAUCUGUCCGACCGUCAAAUCCUCUCUGCUCUGGUCGCAACCUGUCUGCGCAACAACAUCUUCUACUAUCCGAACAUGCUUACGAGAUACCGAAAUGUUGAGUCCAUUACCUGCAUGUGGGUGGGCGUUGAAGAAAUCAAAAGGUUUGGCUUGGCCUUGUACAAAGUCUCUCGGCUUUGUACGAGGGGGGAUUGUUUAGGAGAGUCUGACGAGACUGAGAGUCAAGUUUUGCACCUCUCCGCUCUACAGUUCCCCAUGCCGGACGAGAGGAAUCUCUGGAAUGCUAGCUCGAACCCAGAGUUGGCUCGACGUCUUUUGAUCCAUUCUAGAAGAGAUAGAUCGGAUGACCCGAGCAGUACCGAUUGGAUUUCGAAAACGGGAAUGUUAUUGGAAAACGACGAGAAUUGGUGGAACUGA